AUGGUUUCCCCUUCGGUUAUUAAACAGGUGCAGGCGCUAAUCCAGCAGAACCGCGUGUUCAUUGCAUCCAAGACGUACUGUCCGUAUUGCCAGGCGGCAAAGCGUACGUUGCUGGAGGAGAAGCGCGUCCCGGCAAGCGCAGUAAAACUGUUGGAGCUUGACACCAUGGGCGAGGAGGGCGCGGUGAUCCAAGCGGCGUUGCAGGAGCUGAGCGGGCAGCGCACCGUGCCCAACAUCUACAUCAACGGGCGCCAUGUGGGUGGCAACAGCGACCUCGAGGCGCUGAAGGCGUCUGGCGAGCUGGACCAGCUGUUGGAGGAGGCGCUACGCGAGUAA